GGACAGUGGAGAGGUGGUGCAGACCCUUCACCUGCCAGAGAACUCCUUGUGCGAGAGGUUGAUCGACCGAGGUCCCAGAGCCAGCCGAGUUUGGAAGUAAGGGCGAUUGGCCUUCGAGCCACCCUGGUCUCCACUCAGUCUGAAGGGAAGUCGAUCCCUCCAUGACCCUAGCUUGACGAAAGUCUUGCUGAGUUAGAGGCCUGACAUAGUGCUCCUGAGCCCAACGAGACAACGCUAUCAAGAGUGACAGAGGUCUCCGGACUUUGGACUUUGGAUCUUGGACUUUGGACUUUGUUUGCUAGCAGAGGCUGUGUGCCACAGACUCCGGCACCAUGAACGUAUUUGAUCGGAAGAUCAACUUUGAUGCGCUCUUAAAAUUUUCCCACAUAACCCCCUCGACACAGCAGCACCUGAAGAAGGUCUAUGCCAGCUUUGCCCUCUGUAUGUUUGUGGCUGCUGCAGGGGCCUAUGUCCAUGUGGUGACUCACUUCAUUCAGGCUGGUCUGCUUUCUGCCCUGGGCUCCCUGGGAUUGAUGAUCUGGCUGAUGGCAACACCUCAUAGCCGUGAAACUGAGCAAAAAAGACUGGGACUUCUUGCAGGAUUUGCUUUCCUUACAGGAGUUGGCCUGGGCCCUGCCCUGGAGUUGUGCAUUUUCAUCAACCCCAGCAUCCUUCCCACUGCUUUCAUGGGUACAGCAAUGAUCUUCACCUCCUUCACCCUGAGUGCGCUCUAUGCCAGACGUCGUAGCUACCUCUUCCUGGGAGGUUUCUUGAUGUCAGCUAUGAGCCUGAUGGUCUUGUCUUCCCUGAGCAACCUUUUCUUUGGCUCCAUGUGGCUUUUCCAGGCAAACCUGUAUGUGGGGCUGGUGGUCAUGUGUGGCUUUGUCCUUUUUGAUACUCAACUUAUUAUUGAAAAGGCUGAAAAUGGAGAUAAGGAUUAUAUCUGGCACUGCAUUGACCUCUUCCUGGAUUUUGUUACUCUAUUCAGAAAACUCAUGAUGAUCCUGGCUAUGAAUGAGAAGGACAAGAAAAAAGAGAAGAAGUGAAAUGACCACCCAGCCUUUCCCAAUUUGUCUUCCUCUUCCACCACCCCUCAUUUCCUCUUUGCACACAUUACAGGUGGCGUGUUCUGUGAUAAUGAAAAGCAUCAGAAAAACUUUUGUACUUUGUGGUUUUCUCUAUUUUGAAUUUUUUGAUCAAAAAACUGAUUAGCAGAAUAUAGUUUGGAGUUUGGCUUCAUAUUUCUGGGGUUCUUCCCUGCUCCCUUUUCUGUCAGCCCCAUCCCUAGACUCUUGCCCUGCUCAGCCUCUUCCCCUGCUCAGGCCACCAGUCCACCAUCAUGAGGAGUGGGACCAGCAGAGGAAGCAAACUCCAGGAGUCCACUUUCCAGUCUUCACCAGGUGGACCUGAACUGUUGGUAGAGAACCACUGCGGCGGCGUUUGGUUUGUGCACAGUUCCCGUGGGGCUGGGCAGUGUGUUUUGAUUGGAAAGAAGUUUGCUGGUCCUGUUGUUCCUGGGGCUCAUUAUUAUCUGAGCUUCUGUCAACCUCUGAAAGAAAACGAAGAGCCUCUAUUGGUGGAUGCUUUGCUUCCUCUGAGCUGCCCAAGUUGCUGCUGGCCUGGCAAACACCCAUUUACGCGUUGCCGUCACAAAGAAAACGCAGAUUUGUGUGUGUUCCUUCUCCCACCCCUUGCCUGACCCUCAGGGAUUCUGCCUGCUUUCCAUCCAUGGGGUGGGAGGAUUUCAGCACAAAGGGAAGACUAAUUCUUGUCAGGCAUUUAUUAAAUGGCUGGGUAGGUAUGGCAGGGUAUAGCGUAGAAUUCCCAAAUUUCUCUUGGUCUUUAUUUUUUUUAUUUGUUCUCACCUUAGUCGCCAAAUGGCCUCUACCAGGUGACUGUGAUUAAGAGUCCCAAGAGAGGAAGGAUAGGCAGGGGAAAGGUAGAGUCCCCGGGGCUAAUUGUAACUAAUCCUGCCAGACAAACCUAAAUGAGGACCUGUUUGGGGGGGGGUUGGGGGGACAAAAUCUCUUCUACCAACUGAGUGGUUCUAUGUUCAGAUCAACCUAAUGGGGCUGUGAUGACAUGGGAGGUGACAAUUGUAACAGUCCUCCAGUACACUUUUCUGUGUCCCCCACCUGGAUGUUAAUAGGUGGCAGCAGGCCAGAGAUUUGAGGCGGUAGAUAAAUGUCCAUUUUACAGGUACACUUCAGUUUUUGGUGUGUUCACCUGUUUCCAGAAAUCUACAGCCUUCUUCCAGGCAGAUGCCAGGUGACCAAACCUGUGAGCAACCUGAGUUCCUGCAGCUUUGUGGUUGCAAGUGUGAGUGGGCAAUACUAUUGGAGCUCACCAGAUCUUUCUCUGUGUGGUGUCACAGCUGGCACAGAAGGGCAGCAUCAGGAACAGCUAUGGCUCUGGCUACUCCCAGGGCUUCAGUAAGGAGGACGGAGCCAUAAAGCUCAUUGCCAGUAGGACACCAUUUUUGGCUCUCCUUGUUCACAACCAGAGCCCUGGUGGCACAGUGAUUAAGAGUUCGGCUGCUAACCAGAAGGUCAGCAGUUCGAAUCCACUGGCCACUCCUUGGAAACCCUAUGGGGCAGUUCUACUCUGUCUUACAGGGUUGCUGUGAGUCGGAAUUGACAGCCAUGAACUUGGUUUUGCUUUUUAUUCACAACCAGUGCACAGUUUGACAUGGUGGCUAUCUGGCUCCCAGUACACCACAUCACUGCCAUCCAUCCCAUGAGUCUCUUCCCAGGCUGUGCUAUUCCUGGAGUGGCCUGCUGCCCAGAAUGGCUUACUUCUACAGAGGAUGCUGCCCUGUUGUAGCUGCUACCUCCAGCCUCUGGCCUGAGAACUUUAAAGGGACUUCCUUCUUAUUAAGCCCCCGUUAGCAACUCUCUGUAAAUUAGGUGAUUCUCUUCCAGGCCUGAGAAUCUGCAUUACAUUUCCUGAAGCCAAACUCCACCUCUUGUGCUUUUUUGCUUGGGAUGAAGGAGUUUUUCUUUAGAAACAGUGCCAAGAAUAACAAGAUAUGAAAAACUACUUUUAAGGAAAAUGCCUAACAGUUUUUAAUACAGUAAUCAUUGUAAUUACCACUUUUCUUUUCUAGUUCCUUGGUUUUCAGCUCAGGCUGCAUUCUCUAACUCAUACUGUGAAGAUAAAGGUGUUUUUGAUUCAGAAAUAUAUGAAAUCUACAUAGUCUUAAUUUGUAAAAAAUAAAAAAAAAUUCCUUAACCUUU